ACGCUCAAAAUCUCUCCGCGGCUAUAAAACGCGUCCACUCCAAAGAAAACGACCGCCAAACCCCCCUUUCCUCCGCCGUUCGCCGUUGCCGGAACCGCGAUAGAAAACUUCAUCUUAGAAAGAGAAGCUCGGUUUUGCAUUAAUUCAGAGAGAAACCAUGUACAUACAUACAAAUAUACGUAUAUUUGUGUCUAGAUAGAGAGAAUUUGAUCAGUUAAUUUAUCUUAUGGCAUGGUUGAGUUGGAGGAUUGAAAACAAAGGAGACGGAGUCGUUUUAUUGACUCCGAAAUGAAGGUUUCCCGAUCCUUUAGUCGAUGUCUUCUUCUGCUUUUGCUCCUUUUUGUUCAAAAAGGGUAUGUGGCAUCCAAACCAUUCACAGGGACUUAUGGUAUAAACUAUGGAAGAAUCGCAGACAACAUCCCUUCUCCUAAUGAAGUUGUAAGGCUUCUCAAAGCUGCUAAGAUAAAAAACGUACGAAUAUACGAUUAUGAUCACAGUGUUCUUGAUGCAUUCAAGGGUAGUGGUCUCGAUUUAGUAAUCGGACUCCCAAACGGAAUGGUGAAAGACCUAAGCAAUAAUCCCGAUCAUGCCCUUACAUGGGUCAAAGACAAUGUCCAAUCAUACCUACCUUCAACACACAUUGUUGGAAUUGCAGUUGGAAACGAAGUUCUAGGAGGUGGUGAUCUUGAUCUUCAAACAUCUCUAUUUCCUGCAAUCAAAAACAUCUACAACGCAACACAAAAGUUAAACCUAGACUCCAUAGUUCAAAUCACAACAGCACAUUCACAAGCUGUGUUUGGAACUUCAUAUCCUCCAUCUUCAUGUGUCUUCAAACAAGACGUUUCACAAAACAUGAAGAAACUUCUGGAAUUAUUUUCACAAAUGGGAUCCCCUUUCUGUUUAAACGCAUACCCUUUUUUAGCAUACAUGGGAAGCCCAGAUCAGAUUGAUAUUAACUACGCUCUUUUCAACCCAACUCAAGGCAUAUACGAUGAAAAAACAAAUCUUCAUUAUGACAACAUGCUUGAUGCUCAAAUCGAUGCAGCAUAUGCUGCACUUGAAGAUGCAGGAUUUGGGAAAAUGGAGGUUGUUGUUACAGAAACAGGAUGGGCUUCUCAUGGAGAUGCAAAUGAAGAAGCUGCAACUUUGGAUAAUGCAAGAACUUAUAAUUAUAAUUUGCGUAAAAGACUUGCUAAAAGGAAGGGGACGCCACGUAGGCCUAAAAGUAUGUUGAAGGCGUAUAUUUUUGCUUUAUUUAAUGAGAAUUCUAAACCGGGUCCCACCUCUGAAAGAAAUUUUGGUUUGUAUAAACCUGAUGGAAGUAUCACGUAUGAUAUUGGGUUUCCACCUCUCAAAUCUUCUUCUUCUUCUUCUUCUCUUCUAUCAAUCAAGGAAAUUGGAGCUCAAAGUUGGCAUUGGUCAUAUAUCUCGGUUUUAUCUUCGUGUGUGUCAAUGUUGUUUUUAUUUCUAAGAUUGUGAAAUAUUUGUCAUCACAAGAUAUUAUUUAAGUUAUUGUCACAAUGUAUUUUAUAUUUACUUUUUUUUUGAAGAAAAAUGUUUUUAAGCUUAAAGUUAGAGUUGAUAAUAUAUAGAGUACAUGCCACGUACACCAAAUUCGGAUCUUAAUUGGUGGUGGUUAAUGUUUUUUUACA